AUGAGCCGGAACACAGGAACAAACUUUGAAAUGCAAGAGCAAGGUGUCGAAGAAGGAAUGUCCAUCGUAACGAAUCCCAAGGAAACCCUCUAUGAGUCACCGGGGAUGCUCAAGAAAAUCGACGUGAGGUUCUGCAACAUGUUCCUUGUGUGUUGCCUGUGCUUCAUAGGCGGGUGCAUGCUAACCUUCUCACUCACUUACGUCUGGCACCUCAACAACCCGAUCAGAUCUGCCGCCCCAGCAAGUCCUGAGUGCACCAUCAAACUCUGCAAAACCUUGAUCUGCUCCGGCUCAAACAGCAUAAAGGCUGUCUGUGGGAAGGACUUGUGUUAUCAAUCCUAA